AUGAAUUUGAAAUUCAUUGUUUUCGCUGUAAUUUUAAGUCAAUUUUUAUUGGCCGCUAAUGCUUCGAAGCAUUUCGCAGCGACCAAAGAUGCCACCAUUGUGAAACACAAUAUUGGAUGUGCCUACUGUCCAGAGCAGAACUGUAAUCUCUGUGGAGUUUACGAUGAGAAACCAAUGGUAUCAUGCGCCUAUUGUCCAGAGCAGAACUGUAACCUUUGUGCCCCCUCCCUAGGUUGUGACUACUGUCCAGACAGAGACUGUGCCAAGUGUUCAGAUGCCGUCAAGUGUGACUACUGUCCAGACAGAGAUUGUGCCCGUUGCUCAGAGAUUGUCACAUGCGACUAUUGUCCAGAUAGAGACUGUGCCAAAUGUUCAGAUGCUGUCACCUGUGACUACUGUCCAGACAGAGAUUGCAGCAGAUGUGCCACCGAAGAUGAUUCCGAGGUUGCUGUCACCUGCGACUACUGUCCAGAUAGAGAUUGUAGCAGAUGCUCCGAACAAAAGGUCUAUUGCGACUACUGUCCAGAGAGAGACUGCAGUCUUUGUGCCAACGAAGAUCCAAAGGUUGUCACCUGUGACUACUGUCCAGACAGAGAUUGCGCAAGAUGCUCAGAAGCCGUUACCUGUGACUACUGUCCAGACAGAGACUGUGCCAAGUGUUCUGAUUUAAUCACCUGUGACUACUGCCCAGACAGAGAUUGUGCCAAAUGCUCAGAUGUUGUCACCUGUGACUACUGUCCAGAUAGAGAUUGCGCCAAGUGUUCCGACUUGUUGAAGUGCGACUACUGUCCAGACAGAGAUUGUGCCAAAUGCUCAGAUGUUGUCACCUGUGACUAUUGUCCAGAUAGAGACUGUGCCAAAUGUUCAGAUAUUUCAGAAUCUGUCGGUUGUGACUACUGUCCAGACAGAGAUUGCGCCAAGUGCUCUGAUGUCAUCACCUGUGACUACUGUCCAGACAGAGAUUGUGCCAAGUGCUCCGACUUGUUGAAGUGCGACUACUGUCCAGACAGAGAUUGUGCUAAAUGUUCAGAUGUUGUCACCUGUGACUACUGUCCAAACAGAGAUUGCGCAUUGUGUGGAAACAGAAACAACAGUUCAAUGGCAAGCAUGUCAGGUGUUACUUGUGACUACUGCCCAAGCAGAGAUUGCAACCAAUGUCAAAUGGGUCGUGACAAAUCAAUGAAGAUCUACACCAGCCAGAAUAUCUUGGCACGUGCACUCAUUGGAUUCAAGCAACUCGCAUUGUCAGAGGUCGAGAGUUGUUUCCUCCAAUUGAAACUCACUCGCGCACAACCACACCCAAUCAAAAUCACCGUUGCCCAAGCCAUCUCCAAUGAUUGGGAGGAAUCAGCCGUCACCGGUGACAAUGCUCCAGCCUCAUUGAAGUCACUCAAAUCAGUAACCAUUCCAGCCAACACUGCUCACUUCAAGAUCGACGUCACACCAGCAUGCAGACAAUCAACAUCGGAUCUCUCAUUCUACAUCAGCUCAGAGUCUGACAAAUUCGAUAUUCUCUCAAGAGAUUCUAAUCAACCUGCUACCAUUAUCAUCAAUUAUAUUAAAGCUUAA